GAGCAGAUCGUGUUCACCGAGAUGUUCCCCCCCCUGUGCAAGAGGAUCAAGGUCCAGAUCCGGGACUCGGACAAGGUCAACGACGUGGCCAUCGGGACCCACUUCAUCGACCUGAGGAAGAUCUCCAACGAGGGGGACAAGGGCUUCCUGCCCACCUUCGGCCCCGCCUGGGUGAACAUGUACGGCUCCACCCGCAACUACACCCUGAUGGACGAGCACCAGGAGCUCAACGAGGGGCUGGGCGAGGGCGUCUCCUUCCGGGCCCGGCUCCUGCUGGGGCUCUCCGUGGAGAUCCUGGACACCACCAACCCCGAGAUCAACAGCUCCACAGAGGUGCAGGUGGAGCAGGCCCCGGCCCCGCCGGAGAACUGCACCGGGAAGAUGGAGGAAUUCUUCCUCUUCGGGGCCUUCCUGGAGGCCACCAUGAUCGACAGGAGGAUCGGGGACAAGCCCAUCCACUUUGAGGUCACCAUAG